AUGGCCUCUGUUCCUCAUUUUGUUCUAUAUGAGCAUGCAGUGGGGUACUCUCUUCUUAAAGUAAAGGAAUUCGAAGACAGUGGCCUCAUAAUCCCGGAGGUUUCCAGAUAGUUUUUUGUAAAAGUAGAUUCAAUACUUAUAGGUCGAAAGUGCACUGGGAGACGCUCAAAAGUUUUGCUCAUUAGUUCAGCUCACAGCUUUCGAUCCUUUUAAAAAUACCGAAGCUGCUUUGGAAAAUUGCAAUUCUAUUUCCGAAGGUUUGUUUCAGUUGUUCAUUCAGAUAAAUAUUUUUUUGUUAUUCAAGGACUUGCGCACCCCGAUUUGGUCAACUUCCUAGAGCGCGCGCUUCCUAAGAAGAAAAAAGGAGUUCUGCUAGGGAUCAAUGACUCGAAGCUUGCGGGGUCUUUGACCGAAGCUUUCCCCGGAAUCAACCUCCAGUUUGGUGGUGUGGUUACUGAGGUUAGUUGAUCGCCUCACCGUAUGUGAUGAAAUCAACUUUCCAAUGACGAAUGCCAUACAUUUUUGAGUUCAGAUCCUACGCGGUAUUCGCGUUCAUUUCGAAAAACUAGCCAAAAGUUUGCCUCAUCAUUCGCUUUCAAAAGCACAACUUUCACUCGGUCAUAGCUAUUCUCGCUCAAAGGUUGUUGAUCAGAUCCUGAUGCGCGUUAAUCGUGAUUUUAGGUGAAAUUCGAUGUUCAUCGGGUGGACAACAUGGUUAUUCAAUCCAUCGCUUUGCUUGAUCAAUUGGAUAAGGACAUCAACUUGUUUGGAAUGAGAAUUCGUGAAUGGUGUGUUUUAAACUUAAUGAAUCUUGUAAAAUGGGUUUAUAAAAAAAUCUUGUGUUCAGAAAGAGCAGAAGUUUUUGAUAGCUUGAAAUGAAAUAUAAAGCGGUAAUUUGUUUUGUGAUAAUUAACUGAAAUAAACUCGUUCCAACACCAGAGCUGAUGGUACGACAAAAUCUCAAGUCCGCAAAUCUCGAGGACCGUAAUCUUGUGUACGCAGAUCUAAAGUCCCAUAAUCUUGGAAACCAAAAUCUUGGAGACCAAAAUCUUGGAAACCACAAUCUUGGAAAGCAAAAAUCUUCCCUUUUAGUCUUCUUUAUUGCACUUUAUCUACUUAUAUUCUCUUGUUUGGAUCACCGAAUACAAUUUCUGAAAAAAUCUGUUCGCAAAAGCGUUGAUUUUUGCUUUCCAAGAUUGUGGUUUCCAAGAUUUUGGUUUCCAAGAUUAUGGGACUUUAGAUCUGCGUACACAAGAUUACGGUCCUCGAGAUUUGCGGACUUGAGAUUUUGUCGUACCAUCCCAGAGCUAUAGCUUCAAGAAAUGAAAGACUCCUAGUAAAAAAAAUUAUUUUUGAUGGAUUUUUUAAAGGUAUUCUUACCACUUCCCAGAGCUUGUGAAGCUUGUUCCCGAUCAAUACAAGUACUCUAGAAUGGCGGUGACUAUUCUUGACAGAAACAAGAUGGGCGAGAACGACAACAUAACUGCUGAGAUAUCAGGUUUUUAUGAAUUAUUAUAUAAACUUGGUCAAUCGGUGAUCGUUUAUUAGCUAACGAUGGGAAAUAGCUGCCGGGUAGCACACGCAGGACUACCUGGUAGCAAUAGCAAAUGCCAGGUGGAACAGCGAUGUUAUCCAGGUGUCAUUCUAUAUACAACUAAUAAACGACGGUUGAUUCGGAAAAAUCUAUCCGGUAGCAUUUCCCGAUUGACCUAUGGUGUUUAAACUUCAUUCAAAAUUUCCUUGCUUAUUAAGCCGGGGCUUUGACCUACAUGUCUUUCUGCCUAGUAAAACGCAAGGAAUAUUAAAGAGACCGCCAGACACCGAAAAUAUUUUGAUAUUUCCGGUCGAAGCGUAUCCCACAUUCAAAAUUGUUAACUUAUUCUUCAAGAAAUACUGGACGAAGAUGAAGAAAAGACAGCUCAAGUCCUAGAAGCUGCCCGUACAUCUAUGGGAAUGGACAUCUCUGAGCUUGAUCUUAUGAACAUCAAAAGGUAUUUUUUCCAUGCUAUCUUGUUUUGAUUUUUCUAUUCAGAUUCGCUGGAAGAGUGGCUGCACUGAUGGAGUACAGACAACAACUUCACGAGUACAUCAAGGAUCGUAUGGACCACUGUGCGCCAUCUCUUUCUGCACUUAUCGGAGAACAGGUUGGAAAUUAAUCAGUUUUGACAUGAAAAGAUCAGAAAUGCGAGUUGUCCAGCCCUUCUAGCACAUUUUAUGCCGUCAGAGAUCGUUUUAUUUAUUUCACCAAUUUUCAGGUUGGAGCUAGAUUGAUCUCGCACGCAGGAUCGUUAACCAACCUGGCCAAAUAUCCGGCAUCCACUGUUCAAAUUUUGGGAGCUGAAAAAGCGUUAUUCCGAGCUUUGAAGACACGCUGUGAGUUUCUCUCUUUUGAUUACCGGUAUAGAUGUUAUGAGCAUGUGAUUAAUGCGACUUUUUUCGGUAGCUCAGUCGUUUCGCUUGCAUGCUAUAUCAUUUCCUUGUUAAUUCAAAUUUUUGUUCAAUUGCGCCAAAAAAGAAUUACCAUUGACACACGUUUUACAGCUAAUACUCCAAAGUAUGGUCUACUUUUCCAUUCGAGCUUCAUCGGUAGAGCUGGUCCGAAAAACAAAGGUCGUAUUUCGCGAUUUUUGGCCAAUAAGUGUUCUAUUGCGGCUCGUGUCGAUUGCUUUUCAGAUGUAAGUAGUAAAAAUAAACUUUUAGUCGCAAAGUCUCGUAUCUCUAGGUACCAGUCGGCACGCACGGCGAAUAUAUGAAAAGUCAAGUCGAAGAGCGUUUGGCAUAUUUUGCCAGUGGAACUAUACCUAAGAAGAACAUUGAAGUCAUGAAAGAAGCCGAAGAAGCAGCGGUUAGUGUUCGUGAAAAGGUGAAUAUAUAUAUUUUUUUUUGGAUUUUCAUAUUCAAUUUUGAGGUUCUCAAAAAAAGAAAGAAGGCAGCCAAAAAGGCUAAGCGCAUACUUGAAGCCGAGUCUGAAGAGAAAAAUGAUGACGAGCCGGAAAUGAAAAAGCAGAAAAUGGAAGAAGAAGAAGACGAUGAAGCUGAAACACCGAAACCGAAAAAGAAGAAGAAGAAGAGUAAAGCUACUGAUGAAUAAUUGUUGACGAUGUAAUUUUUUUUUUGUUGCACUUUGUUGAUCUUUCUGUUACAAUUGUUGAAAUACACGUUUUGUUGAUCGAAAUUCUUCUAUCAAUGCAAGAAAAAUUAAUUCAAAAGUAUGAAAAGUUUUUCUGAUCUCUCAAAUGAGACUCUUAUGCCGUGUUCAAUUUGAUUCCGCGAAAUUCAAAAUACCCGUUAGAGAAAAGAAAAGAUCUCUAGAUUUUGAGUCAGAGGUCAUUUUGCAUUUUGCGGAAUCAAAUUGAACACGGCAUAAAAGUUUACAGCGGCUGAAUUUCUUGAAAAGUGUUUAUUCAACGAUAUAAUCUGCUUCCACUUGUAAAAAAGUUUUUUAUUAGUUUGUAGACCGAAGUUGGGUAAAGAGCAGAGCUGUGCGCGAGUAUGGCCGAUUUGUAGGCUGGUCCCAACGCACGACCCAGCUAUAUCCCCUGGCCAAAACCACGACGCAUAUAGCCCGUUCACGGCUGGCUUGGGACAGCGAACGGCCGGUUUAACUUGCGCGGCGAUGGCAGAUCAUGGCGGUCAUACAUGCGCAUGUAAUAAGAGCCUCAUUUGGUGAAUUAUUUCUGUUUCUAUUGAAUUUAUAUUAUUUGUACAUUCAUUUAAUUGAUUUUUAGAUUUUCUUAAAUCGACGAAUAAUAAGAGAAAAAUAAAUAAGUCAUAAAAUGGGACUCUUAUGGAAGGCACAUAGAUUGUCGCCAUGAUCUACCUUUGCCGCCAAAAUUAAACCGCCCGUUCGCUGUCCCAAGCCAGCCGUGAACGGGCUAUAUGGCCAUGCUUCGGCUGGCUUCUGCUGGCCCACACACACCUCUGGUAAAGGGUAAGUCCAAAACUAAGAUUUUCUGAUAUUACUGGACUCUACGUUUUUCUUUCCGCCAAAAAGACCGUAUACCAAAUUAGAUCAAAUUCCUGCUUUUAUCACGGCAAGAAACUAAGGUCUUGAAGCGAAGUUGGUCAAAUUUGACCUGGCCUUUUGGCGGAAAGAAAAACGUGACAAGCUGGCGCGGAAUGGCCUAUAAGGUCGAGGUUUUUCGAAAACUCUUCUUUGAGAAACCUAGGAAAUUGUUUCAGCUCACAGAGAGACAUCUGAAUUCGAAUGAGACAUUGGCUCUUUCGAUGUCGUUUUCAUAGUCGAUUCACGGCUAGUCUGAACCCCAAAGAGGCGUGUCCUGUCUGCGCUCUCCACGAGCCAGCCGCUGUCUCGUGCAUUAUCGUGUCAGGACCCUUUUCUUCAUGGCUCAAACCAGCCGUGAAUCAGACAUAACGCUGAUUCCAAAUCUGGUCGCCCAGUACGUCUGAAAAAACUAAAAAACUAUGAAUUCGACUUUUGAGAGUUCAUAACCUUUUUACAGACGUAUUGGGUCAUUUAAGACCAGAUUUUGAAUUCAGUAAAAAAGAAAAAGAAAAAAAAGGCGCUGAGAAAUAUCCCCAGAAUUCACGAUAUAAGCUUAAAAUUUGAUUUUCUUCUAUUUCUGUAAUUCAUUAUAUCAUAAGAAAAAUGAGAAAGGACUUUUUUCACAGAAACCCAAAAACAGUUUCGAACUUUUCCUGUACUGUACUUUUUCGACGGGCUAUUCUCAGUAAUGAGGCUUAGCAGAUAACAAUAUUUUUCGAGUACUCAUAUCUAGGACUACUUGGCACAAAAGUUUGGACUGGAGCUGCAAUUUUUAACUCUCAAACAUUCUUAAGACCAUUUCUUGGUACCAAGUGAUGCGGUUUAAAUUCACAGUAACUCAUUAAUUAUUUUAUGGUUAAUUUAAUGCUUAACGCUCUAUAUGGAAAAUUUCAUGAGAGUGUUCAACUAGCUCGUUCCUUUUCAUUUUUCUAAAUUUCACUGGAAUAAUUAAUAUCAAGCUUGCUAUUGAGGUUGGUUUGCAGGAAUGAUAAUUGAACCCGUUCGCUCUUUUUUAUUGUUCCAAGUCCAAUCUCAGUUGUGCUCCGAGAAAUCUUUGGCUUCUUUUUAAUAGUGAGGCCCUUUGGAGUUAUUAACACUCGAAAAACAGGAAAGGCGGGGCUGCAUUCCGAGUUUAAAUUAGAAAUACUUGGCGGGUUUCACAUGCCAGCUCUACUUUUCCCGCCCUUGCUACAAACUUUAGCUGAGGCAGCUGGAAGCAGCUCCACACUUUUAUUCCCUUUUAUCGGAAACUUUUCUUUCUUGUUUUUCAGGGUUUUCGAGUUCAUUAUUUUAUAUUUUCUUCACAACUGUUUUACAGGCUCAUUGCGAUGUCGAAGAUUGCAACGGUCGCUUUCUUGCUCUCGUUUUCGUAUGCAAUUAUUUCCUCCCAGGCGCAGGUUAGUUGCAUUGUCUAUAUUUAAUAGUGUGAUAAGUGGUCUGGUUGAGUCAACUUUUAGGAAAAUAUUAAAGAUUUUGUAAAAAAAAAAUACAUAGAUGAGAAAAAGAGUGUGAGGAAUAUGAAAUGGUUCGUCGAAGAACUCAGAAAAUAAUCCAGUUGCUCAAGUCGCAGCCGUAAAGGUUCAGCUGCCCGGGCCGCCUGAAAAACAAAUGGAAACUUUUUGCUGAAAAAGCAAAAAACAUUUCUUCGACACUCUGAUUUUCUGGGGGAAAAGAGAAGCUGAAGGUGGUUUUGGGAAGAAAAUAGUGUGUUUUCAGGCGAGUUAUAAUUAAUUGCAGUUGGAGAAUGAUUGCAGGAAGUGGACGAGAUCUAUCCUCUGGCAUCUCCGAAGGCUUUUCAGUCUCUCUACGACGCUUUUCCCACGUCGGUCAAGGUAAUCUGAAGCUUCAUCUGAGAAGAUUUAUGAAGAAAAUCUAUGAUGACUUAGUUAUUUUGCGGAAAGUUCUUUCUUUUCAACAUUGGAGCUGAAUCUCGGUCGUCGUUAGUCGAAAGUUAGAUUUAUCUAUUAAAAUCAAGCAAACAUGCUUGAAAGCUAAUGAAAAUUAAAUUCAAACAUAUUUUGUAGGGAUUAAAUGAAUCUGUUUUCCUUUUCAGAGGACGAUAAACCAAAAGAUUCGCAACCUGAAGGGUCGGCUAAAUGGAAACAGCCAGCAGUUCAAAGAAAUUCUUUUCGGUUGA